UAAUACGAAAGCAACAUUUUCCUGUUUCUUCCGAUUUUCUUGUUGUCUUGUUAGUAAACAAGCGUUUGCUAGCUUCAAGAUGAAUCGUAUUUUAGCUCUAAAUACUUUGCGAAAAUGUGUUUUUCAAAAAUUUAACUCGACAUUGAGCAUUACCAGCUGUCAUAAUAGAAAAUACUCUGUUGUUUCCAUGUCGGAAAAUGGCCCAAAUCCGUAUAUCGAAAGAAUAAACGAGAGCAUCACAGACAAACGAGCGCGUUUGUUGUAUCAAAGUCGAAAGCGGGGAAUGCUGGAAAAUGGUUUAAUAUUGAGCACAUUUGCUGGAAAAUAUCUGAAUAAUUUCAAUAAUGAGCAAUUAGCCUUGUAUGACAAACUUAUAAAUAUUCCUUCUAACGAUUGGGAUUUGUUUUACUGGGCGACUGGUGUUAAAAGUACACCUCCUGAGUUUCAGAAUGAAGUGAUGGAAUUGUUAAAGAGACAUGUUAAGAAUGAACUGAAAGAAACCCGCUAUACUCAGCCUGAUUUAAAUUGACUUGCAUGUUAAUCCCAUUUUAAUAUUUGGUUGCAGUGAUAGAUUCAUUAUAUUCUACAACAGCAUUUCUUUUAUUUACACUAAAAUGUUUGAAUUUGUUUUAAAAUGUUGUUGAAUCUCCGAAUUUAUAUAGUUUAAAAGUUCAAUUUUGUUGUUUUAUUAUUAAUAGCAUAUACUAGAAUAUAUUUUGAAAUAUUGCAUAAACAUUUAUUUAGAAAUUUUCUAAAUAAAUAUUGUUGAUCCUUCAUCAUGUGUAAACAAUAAACUGUAUUUAUGCAUGGUUUGUGACGAUAAUUUUGGUUUCCAAAU